UGAGUGGACUCAAUGGAACCACGGACUCUGUACAUCCUUUCUGUUUAAAGCCCCACCUACCCAGCAGAUUUCCAAAAGGAAAUUGUGCACACGCAUAGAGACGCACGCACAUACUUGCGGACACUCUCUUCCAAGGAAGUUUCACAACAUCGCAGCCAAGAUGGCCAAACUCUUAAUUGGUGCAGCCCUCGGCUUGGGCGGUGCUACCAUUGGGGUCCCAGUGGCACUCGGGGCCCUGGGCUUCACUGCCGCGGGGAUUGCGGCGGGAUCGGUGGCUGCUGGAAUGAUGUCGAGCACGGCCAUUGCCAGUGGUGGAGGAGUUGCUGCUGGUAGCCUUGUGGCCGUUGGGCAGUCCAUUGGUGUUGUCGGACUGUCGGCGGCAGCCAAGGCAGCCGCCACAACGGGUGGAGCCCUGCUGGCUGCCAUAUUGUUUUAACAAAAAAAUGCUAGACCUGUCCAUCAAGAGAAAGAUGCUACGCCAUGAGACAGGACAACCAGCUUGAAGCAAUGCUCGAUUUUCCUCUUUGAUAAUCGCAACUGCACUUGACUCACUUGGGUCUCUUCUUCCUGUAUUUUCCUGCUGCUGUGUAUAAAAUAAUACUGAAUUGAUAAAGCUUUGGCAAGAUCAA